AAAAUCCACCCCUCUCGUUGCCCACGACCGCCGCGCCUGCUGCAGCCUAGCGCCGCCGCCGACGCCUCGCCCGCCCCCAACCCUCCAUCUAGUUUUUCGAGGCGUUUGAUGUUGUUCAUCUAAGCCACAGGACGUCCACUCUGUUUGUUAAUAUCUAAGCACGCUUCUGACACGGAAAAUGGCAUUGCUUCUUCGCUUCAAUCAACUGAGGAACAGCAUAUGGAGUAGUUGUCCUGCCAGGUUGCUUAUGCCACAUGCUGGAUUGUCAUCUGGAAAGUUGCCUGAUCCAAAAAGCUAUGAGAGGCGCCUUUUCUCAACAAGGGUUCAAGAGACAGCUAGUUUGGACAGAACAUGUAUUUCCGGAAUUCAGCCAUUAGAGUUUCAGCAGACUUCUGAACAUGAGCAAUCUGUGCCUCUUCUUAUCUUUGAUAUUAAGACCACUGGUUUUCUCCAGAAGCGUAAUAGAAUCACUGAGUUUGCAGUCCAUGAUCUUUGGGCAGGAAAGAAUAACACAUUUGAAACUCUCCUUAAUCCUGAGAUGGAUGUUCCUAACUACAUUGCAGCUGUCAGUAACAUCAACAAUGAUUUGGUCUGCCGACCUGAUGUCCCGAGGUUCAGUGAUGUACUUCCGUUACUACUGGCGUUUGUUCGAAGCCGCCAAACUCCUGGCAAACCAGUUAUAUGGGUUGCUCAUAAUGUAAAAAGAUUUGAUGGCCCUUUCCUGGCCCAAGAGUUUGAUCGUUGUUCAGCUCAGAUCCCUGAAGAUUGGCUGUUUGUUGACACCUAUUGCUUGGCAAGGAAAUUGCCUAAGCUUCUGCCAUCAGAAGAUAAGAGACAUCUCCAUGACUUGGGGUCACUAUGCAAACGCUAUGGGAUCUCUGUGGAAGGCCCUCCUCAUAGAGCAAUGCAAGAAGUGAUGAAAUUAUGUCAAGUUUUCCAGAAAAUGAGUUUUGAUCUAAAACUGACAUAUGAAGGCCUAAUGGAUGAGGCCAUCGAGGCUAGUUAUUUCAGCAAGUUUCUUAAGUAAAUAGUAUUUGUUGUUUCCAGCUUCCUUGUUUUAGUGGUCAAAUUUAUUGGACUUUCCCCAAUAGGAUUAGCCUGUCCUUCACAUUGCUGGAUAUUGUUGCCUUCGUUGUAGGAUCUCAAGAAUCAUGACUUCUUUUUUGUUGAAAAAUAGCUGCAUUUGUCAGUCAAAGCCUCCGUUGAGCUUUAUUGAUGUGCUUUACUGUUUCAAACCUUAUC